UCAUGAUCAAUGAUGUAUAUGUCAAAAUGGCGUCUCUAUCGUUUCGGUGGCGCUACCUCUCCGCGAAAUUCUCUUCACGUUGUCGACGUACUUUACGUCGUGUUUAGCGAAGUAUCGCGUUUUACAUCUGGCGUAAUUUAAAGAAUCCUUCGGAUUUUUAGCCAGAAAGAUGGUCCAGAAGAAGCCAAAGAAGAAAGUAGGCAAGAAGGUAGCUGCCCCACCGUUGGCAGUUAAAAAGGUUGAGCCAAAGAAGGUGACCAACCCACUUUUUGAAAAACGAACUCGCAAUUUUGGUAUUGGGCAGGACAUUCAGCCAGCACGUGAUCUGAGCCGCUUUGUAAGAUGGCCUAAAUAUAUUCGUAUUCAGCGUCAAAGGGCUGUGUUGCAAAAAAGGUUGAAAGUACCGCCAACAAUCAACCAGUUUACACAGACAUUAGACAAGCAAACAGCUACACAGUUGUUCAAGGUAUUAGAAAAGUACCGACCUGAAUCAGCAGCCAUGAAAAAAGCAAGAUUGAAGGCAAGAGCUGAGCAAAAGAUUGCAAAGAAAGAGGAUGCGCCAACAAAGCGACCAAAUGUCAUUCGUUAUGGGACCAAUACUGUGACUACAUUAGUGGAGCAAAAGAAGGCUCAGCUGGUUGUUAUCGCACAUGAUGUAGAUCCUAUCGAGGUUGUGUUAUUCCUUCCUGCCUUGUGUCGUAAAAUGGGUGUACCAUACUGUAUCGUCAAGGGUAAAGCACGCUUGGGACGUCUGGUUAGACGCAAGACCUGCUCAACGGUUGCUCUGACACAGGUCGAUUCUGGCGAUAGAGCGAACUUUGCAAAGAUUGUUGAAGCUAUUAAGACGAAUUUCAAUGAUCGAUACGAUGAAAUUAGACGUCAUUGGGGCGGUGGUAUAUUGGGAAGUAAAUCUGCAGCGAGGAUAGCAAAAUUGGAGAAAGCUAAAGCAAAGGAGCUUGCACAAAAACAAGGUUGAAUUCUUUGGCCACAUUAUUUACGGAUUAUAUCAAAAAAUAAAGGGUAAAAUUCAAC